AUGAACCACCUCCUCAUCAACGCGGGGAAGACCAAGGAGAUGAACCACCUCCUCAUCAACGCGGGGAAGACCAAGGAGAUGAACCACCUCCUCAUCAACGCGGGGAAGACCAAGGAGAUGAACCACCUCCUCAUCAACGCGGGGAAGACCAAGGAGAUGAACCACCUCCUCAUCAACGCGGGGAAGACCAAGGAGAUGAACCACCUCCUCAUCAACGCGGGGAAGACCAAGGAGAUGAACCACCUCCUCAUCAACGUGAGGAAGACCAAGGAGAUGAACCACCUCCUCAUCAACGUGAGGAAGACCAAGGAGAUGAACCACCUCCUCAUCAACGUGAGGAAGACCAAGGAGAUGAACCACCUCCUCAUCAACGUGAGGAAGACCAAGGAGAUGAACCACCUCCUCAUCAAUGUGAGGAAGACCAAGGAGAUGAACCACCUCCUCAUCAACGCGGGGAAGACCAAGGAGAUGAACCACCUCCUCAUCAACGCGGGGAAGACCAAGGAGAUGAACCACCUCCUCAUCAACGCGGGGAAGACCAAGGAGAUGAACCACCUCCUCAUCAACGUGAGGAAGACCAAGGAGAUGAACCACCUCCUCAUCAACGUGAGGAAGACCAAGGAGAUGAACCACCUCCUCAUCAACCGGAACCACCUCCUCAUCAACGCGGGGAAGACCAAGGAGAUGAACCACCUCCUCAUCAACGCGGGGAAGACCAAGGAGAUGAACCACCUCCUCAUCAACGCGGGGAAGACCAAGGAGAUGAACCACCUCCUCAUCAACGCGGGGAAGACCAAGGAGAUGAACCACCUCCUCAUCAACGCGGGGAAGACCAAGGAGAUGAACCACCUCCUCAUCAACGCGGGGAAGACCAAGGAGAUGAACCACCUCCUCAUCAACGCGGGGAAGACCAAGGAGAUGAACCACCUCCUCAUCAACGUGAGGAAGACCAAGGAGAUGAACCACCUCCUCAUCAACGUGAGGAAGACCAAGGAGAUGAACCACCUCCUCAUCAACGUGAGGAAGACCAAGGAGAUGAACCACCUCCUCAUCAACGUGAGGAAGACCAAGGAGAUGAACCACCUCCUCAUCAAUGUGAGGAAGACCAAGGAGAUGAACCACCUCCUCAUCAACGCGGGGAAGACCAAGGAGAUGAACCACCUCCUCAUCAACGCGGGGAAGACCAAGGAGAUGAACCACCUCCUCAUCAACGCGGGGAAGACCAAGGAGAUGAACCACCUCCUCAUCAACGUGAGGAAGACCAAGGAGAUGAACCACCUCCUCAUCAACGUGAGGAAGACCAAGGAGAUGAACCACCUCCUCAUCAACACCUACUGUUGGGCGUUGCAGACCUACUGUUGGGCGCUGCAGACCUACUGUUGGGCGUUGCAGACCUACUGUUGGGCGCUGCAGACCUACUGUUGGGCGUUGCAGACCUACUGUUGGGCGUUGCAGACCUACUGUUGGGCGCUGCAGACCUACUGUUGGGCGUUGCAGACCUACUGUUGGGCGUUGCAGACCUACUGUUGGGCGUUGCAGGGACCUACUGUUGUGGCGUUGCAGACCUACUGUUGGGCGCUGCAGACCUACUGUUGGGCGCUGCAGACCUACUGUUGGGCGUUGCAGACCUAA